AUGGCGCACACCGAAACCAACACAGGCCUGCGCCAGGCUCGCUACCAAAUAACAAACAGAACAAGCAACGAUAACUCAGCCAUUCUACAACUACCCGUGGAGCUCGUGCUGCAGAUAAUCGAACACCUCGGGAUAAUCGAUAAGGCGGUUCUGUCAAGAACUUGCGCUUCGUUCCGGAACUUUCUCGAUACGGACUGGGCACCUAUAUCCCGCGAAUGGUGGGAAUACGAGAAGGUCUGGUUAAGAAUCGUCCACGAUAUGCCAAACCACUGGUUCUGCUACUCUUGCCACAAGAUAGAACCCAUCAACCGAAGAUAUGUGCCACAUAAACAAUGGACACCAUCUUGUCAAAGAAACAAUCGUAGGGCUAGCCUCAGGGCACUCGAUCCGUAUCAGAUGCGCUCGGAGCAUGCGCACAUGGCCUUGAAGCUUUCUCGCCUCGGAAACAUCAACGAUGGAUACCUCAAGAAGAUUAUGGCAUCGUUCAGCAUAUAUCGCCGCGCCCUGAAGGGCAAUUGUCUCCGGCACUACCGCGCCGUGCCAAAGAUCGUCGAUGGAAAUUUUCUUCUGCAGAAGCAAUGGACAUUCCAGAGCAUCUUCGAUAGCCGCGGUUGCAAGUAUUCCUGGAACGAGGAAAUGUUUGCCAUCAACAAGCAACUGGAGGGAAUUCCGCUCGUCUGCCCACACUUGGGCAUUGCGCACAGUUUGAAUGAGAAACAUUAUCUCGACUGGGAAAGACCAAACAAAUUAUGGGAGCCCGAAUUUGAGGCCGACUUCCGGUCUGCUAUCGAAUAUGUCGGGCACGGCUUCAGCAACAGUUGCUAUAAGUGCGCAGUGGAGUACACAAUAUGGUGUCCUGAUCAGUAUACGGUAGUUAUUCGCUCUUGGUACGUUGAGGAUAACCUGUGGUUAGAAGACCGGAAUCAUUGCAGAUAUGGGAAGCCCUCCAUCAGGAGUAUAUACAGCAAAUAA